CUCCUCCUCCUCCUCCUCCUGCUGCUGCUUCCGGGGUCCCGGUCCGAGCAGAUGGAGGAGCACCUGAAGCGGGAGCACUCGCUCACCAAGCCUUACCAGGGUGUAGGAUCAGCCAGCUCCUCUCUGUGGGAACUUAUGGGCAAUGCAAUGGUGAUGACCCAGUUUGUUCGUCUCACUCCAGAUAUUCAGAGCAAGCAGGGUGCUCUCUGGAACAGGGUGCCUUGUUACUUGAGAGACUGGGAGAUGCAGGUACACUUCAAAAUCCACGGGCAAGGAAAGAAGAAUCUGAAUGGAGAUGGCUUUGCAAUCUGGUACACAAAGGACCGAAUGCAGCCAGGGCCUGUCUUCGGAAGCAAGGAUAACUUUCUAGGGCUGGGAGUGUUUGUAGACACCUACCCAAAUGAGGAAAAGCAGCAGGAGCGGGUGUUCCCAUACGUCUCUGCCAUGGUGAGCAAUGGGUCCCUCGCCUAUGACCACGACAGAGAUGGCAGACCCACUGAACUUGGUGGAUGCACAGCAAUGGUGCGCAACUUGAACCACGACACGUUCCUGGUGAUCCGCUAUGUGAAGAGGAGGCUUACGGUCUUGCUUGAUAUCGAUGGCAAGCAUGAAUGGAGAGACUGCAUUGACAUUCCAGGAGUACACUUGCCACGCGGCUACUACUUUGGGGUCUCUUCUGUCACCGGGGACCUGUCGGAUAACCAUGACAUAAUUUCCCUGAAGCUGUACCAACUGACUGUUCAACGGACACUGGAGGAGGACAAGCGGGACAAAGAGGUUUUCCUACCUGUGGUGGAGAAUAUGAAACUGCCUGGAAUAGAGACUCCAAUGGAACCAAUGAGUGGCCUUGCUCUCUUCUUGAUAGUCUUCUUCUCAUUGGUUGCCAUCGUGUUCGCCAUCGUCAUUGGAAUUAUAGUCUACAACAAAUGGCAGGAACAGAGCCGGAAACACUUUUACUGAUUUGGAGGCGUCCUGCUGCAUUCUCCCUCCUUUGCCUUCUGGAGGGCCAUUGGUUUUGUUGGCAUGGGUGGUUGCCUAUGCAGGCAGCUAGCUUCCAGAAGCCCUGCUGUGAGGACUCCUGUCCACCUGGAUCUUAUACUUCUAAUGGCAGCCUUUGGAUUGGUGGUGGGCCCCCAAUGAUGAAGGCAGCCAUAUCUCUCUGCUCUACUUUGACUGCUUUGAACUGUGAGUUUUCAACACUGGCAUUUCUACGAGACUUGAUGCGUUAUAGACAUAUCCUUGAUCAUGCAAUGUGAAGUGAACAUUCAUCACAUCGCCGUAUGAAGAUGGGAGAGACGUUUAGCCAAUGGAAUCUGGAUUUGGUAACCUCGGCUGUUCCUUGUGGAGACUGGUUGGAAACCAGAGUAGUUGGGUGGGUGUCGAAACGCUGGUAUGUUGAUCGAGGCCGUCUGGUCUGGAUGUUCUACUGCAGGAGGGUGUCUAAGCUGAGUUUUGCAGAUGUUGUAUUCCAACUCUUGUCAGCCCCAGCCAGAAUCGCCAGUGGUUGGGGAUGAUGGGAGUUAUAGUCCAGCAGUAUAUGGAGGGCCACAGGUUCGCUAACAUUGUUUUACUGGGAUGCCUUAACUAGCACGUAGAUCAGUCUUUGGCACCCUCCAGGUUUGGACUAUAGCUCCCAUCAGCCCCAACCAGCUAGCUUGGCAAGAGAAGCAGGGAAGCUUGUAUCUAUAAGAAACCAAGGUAUCCUUACCUUAUGACCCACAAAUAUACCUUUACUAUUAUUUUUCCUCAAGUUUACAAAGACACCACCCUGCAGAAUAAACAAAUGUGAAUGCCCUCCCUCCUAAAAUAAAUGGCAGCCUGCCUUAUAAUCCUGUCCCUCCCACUCCAAAUUGAGACCUUCUGGCUUUCCUAAAUGGACAAACUGCUGUAUGUUUUUAACCAGGUGCUACAAAGCACUUGACUCCUACAACAACUAAAAGGUAGCCCUUAUGUGUUCUUUCCUCUUUCAGAACCGGGGAGCCUCCCCUGGUUAGUCUGCCUCUGCUAAUGGAGAUUGGGUGGGGGAAAUCUCUUUGUUUUUAAUACUAGCUGCUCCAUUGACAGGAACUCAGAUGAGGGGCCUCCCUUGCCAGUCAUCCUCUGAGCCUUGCUGCAUUCCCCUAAACCCGCCUUUCCUAGUAGCCUCACUUCCCUGGAAGUCAUCUUUGCCUGCUGUUAUGUUCCUGAGCACACAGCUGAUCUGCAGAGUCAUGGGGAAGGCAGUGCACUAUGCCAGAGCACCUAGAAGCUGAUGUGAAAACUGAAAGGUAGAAAGGAUGGUGGGUGGGGAUUAUUAUUAUUAUUUGGCAAAUUACUGUUUUAGACAAAAUGCUGCUGACAUUUAUUGCUGCUAUUACCUCCUUUAUAUAUAUGUGAGCCGACUCUUCCCAGUUCUCUGGGGAACCUGACCUCCAUCGCUCUCCAGCACUGAACUCGCUCCAUACAACUCAGAAGUCUCCUCUUUCCUCCCUACUGAUGGGCUCCCCCCCUUUUAAUGGUCAGAUUGGUGUCAUCAUUUUAACCUUUGCCACGGUUCACCAUGGCAGGAGGAAAGGCCUGUUGGCAACAGGACCAUUUUUCACCUGAAAACUGAUGCUUGAAGGCUUUAUUGUUUACAGUGAAUUUGGCUGCCUGACCUGACCUCUGACCCCACUGAGGCAGAGGUGCCUUACCUUGGGGUGUGCAUGGGUGGAAGGGUGGGGUGCAUCUGCUUGCACAAACACCGAGCAUGAUUCUUUACAGAAAUGAGCUGUGCUUUCCUUGUGAAGUGGGGAGAGCCUAGUCACUGUCACACUGCACAUAUUUUCAUCUUUGCACCCCUUCCAACUUCUAACGUUUUAUAAUGACAUUCAGUGACUUUGGUGUGUUGGAACUAGGGUUGUGCUAAAUAUUCUUCAUUUCAGCUUUGAGAGAGCAAGGAAGGGCAGAACGAAAAAUGUUUCCCUAAACCUGUUAAUGGUUAUCUUCCCUUUAGCAUGUUAAUUUUCUUCCUUAGUUACCAUUUUUAAAAAGCAGGCUCUGUGAUCUCUUUUCUCAAGUAAUGCCAGGCAAUCAAGGAUCAUGUGAUGGACCUGGGGAUGGCCAAAUCUGAAGAGUGGUGUCUGUCUUACUGAGAGCAAAGAAAUCCAAUUGAGAGGGAGGGCUGGACUUCUGGAUCUGGCCAUGUUGGACACAGACUACUUUCCCUGCACACAGGUGGACCAUGAGGUGGCAGGACUUGUUUUUCAAUGUUUUGGCUCAACCCUAGUUCGAAAGGAACUUAAAAAUGCUUUGACAUUUGUCCAAAUCAUAAUUCACUACACCUGGUGGUUUGUUUUUUAACACAUAAGUUUAAAAUGGAAUGUGAAAAGUUAUGAGCCAGCUGGUUAGAAGAUCCCCAAGAUGGAGUCAGUUAAGCCAAAAACUCUGAAAAGGCCAAUGCCUAAAAAGAAAAGCUCAGGAUUUUGAGAGAGCCUAAGUGUCUUAUUGGUUUGCAUGUUACCUCAUCCCAGUUGAGUUAAUGAAUUAUAUUGUUUUUCAGGAGCCUUUUCUAUUUAGUGAUAAACAUGGGCUUGUCUCUAUCUCUCAUGCAACUGACCUUUAGUAUUAACUGCAAUAAAUAUUAUGUUCAUAAA